AUGAACGCCUCGGACCCAAGUGAUGUGGCUGAACUUGCCAAGUCCAAGGCCAUCUCUCACGACGCGACUUUGACCCCCGCCCUCCGUUCGAACGAAGACGCAAUCGUGGGCGAAGACAGUAAGGCAAUGCCAGUAUCUCAUACGGCACCGAUUCCCACUCUGGAUCUCCACGAGGGACAUGACCGGGUGUAUGCCACCGAACAUGAUCUCCAGACCCUACGCCGUGUUGCUGACAAGGUCCCUUGGGCUGCUUACACGGUUGCGUUUGUAGAGUGGUGCGAACGCUUCUCUUAUUAUGGAACCACGGCCGUCUUCGUGAACUUCAUCCAGCGACCCCUCCCCGCUAAUUCUACCACCGGUGCACUGCCUGCGGGAGCUGAUCAUACCAACGGGGUGCCGGGCGCUCUGGGUAUGGGCCAACGCGCGUCGACGGGCUUGACUUUGUUCAACCAGUUCUGGUCCUACGUUAUGCCUCUUGUCGGUGCGUUCAUUGCGGACCAACAUUGGGGUCGAUUCAAAACGAUCUUCUCUGCUAUCGCCGUGGCUCUCAUGGGCCAUACUAUUCUACUUAUCUCUGCGAUUCCACAGGUCAUUGCCAGUCCUCAUGGCUCCAUUGCCUGUUUUGCUGUCGGUCUGGUGAUUAUGGGAAUCGGCACGGGUGGUUUCAAACCGAAUAUUACUACGUUGAUCGCCGAGCAGUACCGCGAAGAGCGCCCCUUCAUCCGUGUCCUUGCCAGCGGAGAACGCGUGGUCGUGGACCCCGCCGCCACUGUUGCCCGUAUUUACCUCUACUUCUAUUUGAUGGUCAACCUUGGGUCUUUGGUAGGCCAAAUCAGCAUGGUCUAUGCGGAACGCUACAUUGGAUUCUGGCUUUCCUUCCUGCUCCCGACAGUCAUGUUCCUCUUAUGCCCAGGUGUCCUAUUCCUCUGCCGUAAGCGCUACCAUCUGGUGCCCCCGACGGGCUCAGUCUACUCCCAAGCCUUCCGUCUGUGGCGGUUGUCCAUGAAGGGUCGGUGGUCGCUCAAUCCCAUGAAGCUGUUCCGACGAAGUUCCCCCGAAAGCGACAACUGGGAUCGAGUCAAACCUAGCCGUUUCGGGCCCGAGAAGCCGGCUUGGAUGACCUUUGAUGACGAAUGGGUCGACGAAGUUCGCCGUGGGCUUCAGGCGUGCAAACUUUUCCUAUGGUUACCUCUAUUCUGGCUCUCCUACAAUCAAAUGCUCAACAAUCUCACCUCCCAAGCGGCGACCAUGAAGCUCGGAGGCGUGCCAAACGAUAUCAUCAACAACUUGAAUCCAUUUGCGUUGGUUAUUCUGAUUCCCAUUUUCGACCAGUUGUUAUACCCUGGCCUUCGCCGAUUGGGAUUCAAUUUCACCCCAAUCAAGCGAAUCACGGGCGGGUUCAUUGUGGCCGGACUUUCUAUGAUUGCAGCAACUGUGACUCAAUACUACAUCUAUAGAUUGGGUCCCUGUGGGAAGAACGCUAACUUUUGCUUAGAGAAGGAGAACCCAGAGCACACCGACAUUAGCGUCUGGGUUCAAGUUGCGCCUUACGUCUUGGGUGCCAUUUCUGAGAUCUUCGCAUCUGUGACCUCCCUGGAAUAUGCGUUCACCAAAGCUCCGCGGAACAUGAGAUCCCUCGUUCAAGCUAUUGCUCAGCUGAUGAAUGCGUUCUCCUCAGCUAUCGGUCAAGCCUUUGUGUCCCUGUCUGAAGAUCCCCUCCUCGUGUGGAACUAUGCCGUCGUUGCGAUCCUUGCAUUCGUCGGUGCGGUGGGCUUCUGGCUAACAAAUUACAAGCUCGAUCGCGUGGAAGACACUUUGAAUUUGCUGCCACAGAGCCAGUAUCAAGGAAGAGAGAAGGGAGACGCCGAAGAGUGA